AACGUAUUUAAUUCUCUCUCUCUUUCUCCUCUCUUCUCCCUGUUUCUUAAUUAAUUACAUUACUUAAUUAUUAUUAUUAAAGCUCAUUUUUCAUCUUCAACUGUACAAAGUAAUUCCAAAAGAGGAAAAGAAGAGCUUUUUGAUCGGAAAGUGAGACAGUAAAAGACAAGAGAUUUUCAAUUAUUUCAAUUUAAUUAUUAAAAGCUUUGGAUUUACUUCAUCCUCUUUAAUUUUGGGAUAUUUAUAUAUAAAAAUUUGAUAUAAUAUUUGAGAUUCUUCGGCUGGUUUGAUGCAGACUUGAAUUGAAUGUGUGGAAGAUUGGGGAUUUUUUAAGUACAGUAACGAUGGCACACACAGUGCAAAGGUUUUUAAGUGCAGUAGUAUCCAUGGACAAUGAAGUUGCCGGAGAAUCUUUGAUCGGCACUAUCCGGAUUGCGGUUUUACCUAUAGCUAAAGUCUUUACAAUGUGUUUUUUGGGGUUUCUUAUGGCCUCUAAGUAUGUUAAUAUCUUGCCUGCCAAUGGAAGAAAGUUAUUAAAUGGGUUGGUUUUUUCCCUUUUGCUUCCUUGUUUGAUUUUCUCUCAACUUGGACAAGCUGUUACUUUGCAGAAGAUGAUACAGUGGUGGUUUAUACCUGUGAAUGUUGUUUUGGGCUCCAUAUCCGGUUCAAUAAUAGGAUUUCUUGUAGCUAAUGUCGUUCGGCCUCCAUACCCUUUUUUCAAGUUAACAAUUGUACAAAUUGGAAUAGGGAACAUUGGGAAUGUGCCACUUGUACUGAUUGCGGCAUUAUGUAGAGAUCCAUCUAACCCCUUUGGCGACUCAGAAAAAUGUAGCACAGAUGGGACUGCUUAUAUCUCGUUUGGCCAGUGGGUUGGUGCAAUCAUCCUAUACACAUAUGUAUUUCAUAUGUUGGCACCUCCUUCUGAAGGUUCCUUUGACAUUGAGGAUGGAAAUCAACCUAUCAAGAACCCUCCAAAAGAUGGUGUUCCGGAGCAGGUUCCGUUGCUUACCAAUGAGAAUCUAUCAACAGAUUCUGAUGUUUCAAAGCAAGGAAAGUUAAAAGAAUUUUUUGUAUUUAUAUAUGAGAAGUUCAAGCUCAAGCAAAUCCUCCAACCUCCAAUUAUUGCAUCUAUGCUAGCCAUGUUCCUUGGUGCAGUACCAUUUUUUAAGCGAUUGAUAUUUACAACUGACGCUCCACUUUACUUUUUUACUGAUAGCUGCAACAUCCUUGGGGAGGCCAUGAUUCCGUGUAUUUUGUUGGCAUUAGGAGGCAAUCUCGUGGAUGGACCAGGAAGUUCUAAACUUGGUUUACGGACAACGGCUGCAAUUAUUUUUGCUCGGUUACUCUUGGUGCCUCCUGCUGGACUUGGAAUUGUUAUGUUGGCUGAUAAGCUUGGCUUCCUCCCUCCUGGUGAUAAAAUGUUCCGUUUUGUCCUACUUCUUCAGCAUUCGAUGCCUACAUCCGUUCUUGCAGGUGCGGUGGCCAGUCUGAGAGGUUGUGGAAGAGAGGCUGCUGCGGUGCUGUUCUGGGUUCACAUUUUUGCCAUAUUUUCAAUGGCGGCAUGGGUGGUUCUUUAUCUCAACAUACUAUUCUGAAACAGAAGCAGCCCCUUUAUUAGACUGCUAGUGUUAAUAGUUCAAUAGGUUAGCGUACAAAUUCAAAAGCUUCUUCAGAGAGAGCUUUGUCAAUUGUAGUCGCUAGACAUUGUAGAGUUCUUUUACACCGGAUGUCUUUUACAAGUAUAUAAUGUAGUAAGCUGCCCCGUCACUGCAA